CUUCAUCAGGACGGCACCAAAUGGGCAUGCCAGUCGUGCCUCAAGGGUCAUCGCGUGAGCGGCUGCACCCACACCGACCGUGAGUUGAUCCUGGUACCAAAAAAGGGUCGUCCGGUCACGCAGUGCCAGCACUGCAGACUCGAGCGGAAGAAGAGAUCCGCUCAUGUGCGAUGCGAAUGUGGCGAGGCCGACAAGCCUCACCACCCCAAGGAGAAAUGCAUCCAUUUGCGUGAGGCCGAGGAGCGCGCCAAGGCCGGCCACCACGACGAUCAUCAUGCCGACCUCGACCUGGCGUGUCUCGCGGCCGUCGCCGAAGAGCAAGGCUGCUGCUGCCAUCAUGGCGGCAAGUGCUCGUGCGCCAUUCUGAAGAAAGAGCCCGACGCGAGCACCAGCCUGCCCCACGGUCCAGCCGUCAAGCCGCGACUGGAAAAGACCAGCUCCGAAGGUGCCAUCACCGUCUUCACCAAUGGCCACCACAAGCCCGUCCACCGCAAGAACCUCGCUGCUCACGAGUGUGGCAUGCCAUACAAGCUGCCCAUGCCGCGCUCCGUCACCGAAUCCAGUGUCGCUGCUACGUCGCGCCGGUCCGUCGACGGGCAGGCAUCCGAGCGAACCAUGUCUCAGAGCUCAUCCCAUACCUCCACCCCGCUGCCUGCCCAGGGCGAGCGGCAGGCGUCCAGGUCUGGCCAGCAUUCCCCAAGUCAUCCCUCGCUCGGCGCUAUCCCGUGCACCAGCUCCGGCGACGCGCGUUUCGGCUCAAUCGACUUCACCGACCUUACGCAAAUACAGACCAAUUCGAGCAUCCAGUCAUACAUGAGUGAGACCUUCGCGUCGCCCCUGGAUACCAUUGCCGGAACCAACGACUCCUCCUUCGAUCCCUGGUCGAAUUUCCCAUCUGCGGACUCUGGCGUCAUGCCCAAUAACAACCCCUUUGGCGUCUGGCCAACCCAGCACGACAGUACCAGCAUCUCGCAACCUACCUUGACCAGCGCGUCCUCGACCACCCAGUCCGAGGUGGACGAAUUGCCGUCAAUGGACGACUACGGCUAUCACAUGCCAAGCAUUCAAGAGGACUCCAACAGUGACACGGUCAAUGCCGCCACCGAAUCGUCGCCUCAAACCAACCGGCGUAGUCUGCCCCCUGGUUUCUUUGGCAAUGCCGAGUUU